AUGAAUGAAGCAGAUGUAAAAUAUUUAUCGAAGAUUCCAGCACCAGUAGAAGAAGCAGGUAACCAAAAAGGACGACCAGCUAAUGUGCGUUAUCCUUUCCAAAAGCAACACCCACAAGCAACAACGCAUCUAUUGAUGAAAUACAGCGAGUAUCAUGUACCUAUUCUUUAUGGUCCACAAAUUCCUCGAAGAGACCGUGACGAUACCCGAGAACGAUAUAGUCGAGCUCUUCUUACACUUUUCGUACCUUGGCGCACCAUUACAGAUCUUUGUGACAUCAAUCAAACAUGGGAAGAUGCUCUUAAAUCUCGGCAAAAUCGUAUUUCCAUUCGUUCAUGGAAGAUUAUAGAAAAUAUUCAACUUUUACAUGAAUGUAAAAAAGAUCGCGAUGAACAUUUACUUCAAGUUAUUGCUGAAGAUCAAACUGAUAAUGAUGCAAUCGAUCCUAUUCUUUUGCCUGCAAAUCAAGAUAUUGAUGGCGAACAUGAUGCGGACGACAGUGAAGACUUAUUAGAAUUACUAGGCAAUAUAGAUGAAUACACAACUGCAGCGACUACUGCAACGAAAAAACCAACAGAAGAUAAAUAUAUUGAAGAAACUAUUGAAGCAGUCAAAAAU